UUCGCUCCCGUCAGGCUGUCACUCCGUAGCCAGCAGCAGCAGCUGUCACUCCAUCGCCCCGGCACAGCGCUGCGCGCGUGCGAGUCUGUGUGUGUGCGCGCGUGCGAAUCUGUGUGUGUGCGUGUACGAGUCUGCGUGUGUGCGCGUGCGAGUCUGUGUGUGUGCGAGUCUGCGUGUGUGCGCGUGCGAGUCUGUGCGUGUGUGCGCGUGCGACUCUGUGUGUGCGCGCGUGCGUGUCUGCGUGUGCGCGCGUGCGAGUCUGUGUGUGUGCGCGUGCGAGUCUGCGCGCGUGCGUGUCUGCGUGUGCGCGCGUGCGUGUCCACUGCCCUUAUACAGGCAGCGAGCGGGGCGGGCGGGGGAGAGAAUCACCGCCGUCGCCUCCGCCUCUUCAGUUUCGCCACAGAAAGAAUUGCACAGACGGCAGCAGGCAGUGCCAGAGAUAGACGGGGAACGCCGCUUUGGCAGUCAUCAUCAACACGACUCGAAGUAAAAGACAACGUGGACUCUUGAUUCCGAAGUGUCAGAUUAUGACAGUUUAGCAAAAUCGGCGGUGGAGGAGGGGGGGGGGGUAGUGCUAAAAAAAUACAUCUUUAUUUUUAAACAUAGUUUUUGGGUUUCGCUCAGCUUUGAGAUUUCGAGUAAAAAGAUGCCAUCGGCCCAGCCCUGGGAGGCGGCGGGCAAGCCCCAGCGCCCCGUGUCGGAGUGCGCGGGGCCCCCCGCCUCGGCCGCCCCCCACCUCGCGGCCGCUCAGGGUGGCGGGGCCCGCGGCGCGGCCCUGACAGCCCGCAGGGUCCAGCGACCGGCUUCGCUGAGCCUCUGGCAGCCGCUCAAGAUAUUCGCUUGUUCACAGCUCGGAUCGCUGGUGCGCAGAGCCGCUCUGCUCAGGGACGCGCCCGACCACCUGCACAAGUAUGAGAAGUCGCACAACUUCAAGGUCCACACAUUCCGGGGCCCCCACUGGUGCGAGUACUGCGCCAACUUCAUGUGGGGGCUCAUUGCCCAGGGAGUCAAGUGCUCCGACUGCGGCCUGAACGUGCACAAGCAGUGCUGCCGCCUGGUGCCCACCGACUGCCAGCCCGACCCCCGCAGGCUGCCAAAGGUGUUCGGCUGCGACCUCACGGCGCUGGUGAAGGCUCACCGCGGGCGGCUGCCCAUGGUCGUGGAAAUGUGCAUCGGCGAGAUCGAGGCGCGCGGCCUGAAGUCGGAGGGACUCUACCGGGUGUCUGGGGUCAGCGACCUGGUGGAGGAAGUGAGGGCGGCCUUCGACAAAGACGGGGAGAAGGCGGACAUCUCUGCGAAGGCGUACGAAGACGUCAACGUUAUCACGGGCGCGCUGAAGCUGUACUUCAGGGAGCUCCCGACGCCCCUCGUCACGUACCAAGCCUACCCACACUUCGUAGAGGCCGCCAAAGUGAGCGACCCCACGGAGAGGCUGGAGCAGCUGCGCAGAGCGCUGCAGACGCUGCCACCAGCGCACUACGACACGCUGCACUGCCUCAUGGCCCACCUGCACAGGGUCGCGCAGCAGGAGAAGGACAACCUGAUGAGCUCGGAGAACCUGAGCAUCGUGUUCGGCCCCACGCUCAUGAGGCCGCACGAGCAGGACGUCCUGGCGACGCUCAACGGCAUGAGGCACCAGCGCCUCCUGGUGGAGCUGCUCAUUCGCCACGUGCAGGAGCUCUUCUGAGAACGACCGUGUCACGAGGCAACGUCCUCUUGCCACCACCACCACCUCAUCCUCCUCCACCGGCGUAUUAGCUCUGACCCUUCAACACCCUGCAAUGCCCGACUACACCAAACAAUGACCAACAAUGCCCUACUACACCAAACAACACCCUAGAGAGACGCCGAAUGACCAAAUAUAUAUGUAACUAUUGAACGUAAACGAAACUAUUUUGUAUUUUCCCAGGUAAGGCCCACUGAGCCACGCAGCUCUUUGUCAGAAGUGACCUGGCCGCAAACGGCAGCUCAACAAAGUGGCUCAUCACGUGGCAACGUAUCGCGGCCAAUUACUCUAAACUUAUCUAAAUCAGUCGGAACGCACCGGAACAUAAAAUAAGAUCACUAAGGAUGGCCCAGAGCGCCACUACUGCGGCCAGCAAUCACGUGGACCUGGCGUAUCACACAAUUGCCCGCUUCGAUCGUUCGCCUGUGUCAGCUUAUGGGUUUCUCUGUGAGUCUGCGCGUCUCUGCACGAGCCUACGACUCUCCGCUCCAAUUCAAGGACUCUCCGUGCGAGUCUGCAUCUCAGACCGUGGGGACUGAUGUGCUUACGGCCACUGCACGCUUUGAUCAUUUUGCUGGCAGCGUUUUAAGACAUUCCGCUCACCAAACUCACUCGACACGGACAAAGACAAAGAUCCCCCGUAUAGCCUUAACAGACUGUAGGGGCAAGUGCUGUUAGCGAGCACCUUCGACACGGACGCACACACACACAUUGCCGAUCAACCCCGCCCCCCCCCCCCCCACCACGCCACCGUACAAGAGAAGAAGAAUAUCUGGAAUGCGCCAGAUAUCAGAAGCCAAGCAGGGUUUGAGCCUGGACAGUGUUCGGAUGUGGGGGGAUCGCCGUGGGGGCUACUGCGGGGCUGCGUUGUCAGCAGUGGGCACUGCAGCAAAACGCUGAUUUGUUGUACUGCACUUCGUGGCUUCCACAUGUCUGCCCCCAGUCCUCACCGACGCAUGGCGAUGGGCUUGCCGAAGUACGGUCGAAUAACCCUCACGAUCAGCGCGGCAUGGGGAGGCCCUCAUCCAGAAGUGGAUCAACAAAGAUCUGUACGUUAAUUCUACAGGCAUGGCAUAGUGAGGUGGGGGGAGGGGGGGGUGUCUGACUUGGAUGUGUGUUGAACUUAUUUUGCACCGUACGUAGCCAACCGUGCUAAUCAGAGGUGCGGGGGAAAGACAACACAUCUAAACACAAGAAAAGCAGUUCUAAAGGAAUGAGUUUUCAACCUCGGCAUGGGCAGCGUUUGAGACUGAGGCCGAUCGCCAUGCCUUGGUGUCUGUGCCGUGGAGCCGUUCCAUUCACACAACCCUCCUGCUGUUCCGAGCCUCAACCCAUAAACCCACAGAGUGGCACGCUCCAGACACCAGAUGACGUGUCAGCACGGUGGUGGACUCGACAGUAACAACAACAACACAAACUGAAAUCCAGGAUGUGGUCCAGGACACAUUCGAUGACUCAAGCAGCCCUGCAGCUACGAGCCAAGCAGCCAGGGUUUCUUUUUUUUUCUCGUUGUUUCCCCCAGGCUAAUAUAUUUCAUUCAAAUCCUGUCUGCCCCACAACUGCCGCUGGAGUGACGUCGCUCCUCGCGCUUAUCCGACGCGCUGCGCGGUUCUCCAGCCGCAGAGGAACAAAACGCCACCGUGUCCCCGCCGACCCCGUGGGCUUGCAGAAAUGGAUGGGGUGCGUGCGCUGGCGGCUGGCCCGCGUCAAGCGCUCACCGCCAGCAGCGAGCGGCGGGGGGAACGCUUUGUCCGUGGGCAGGGCGCUAGACCUUGCGACGGAAAAGUCUCGAAGCGACGGUCAACCACUUGAGCGGGAGAAAGGGCAAAAGAAAAAGCAGUGAGGAGCGUGGAAGCACGGUCACGUCGACACGCCGUACUGUGCGUACAUGACAUCGACGGUUCAAUUCAGUUCCUGGACAAGGUCCCUGCACGCGGAGCGAAACGCCGGGCGUCGCCCCCCCCACCCCCCCUGACGAGAACGCACGGUAAACAACCCGAACAGGCCUCGGGGAAGCUGGCUCUUCCUGUGGCUCUCGGUGGUGACCAACUGGGACAUGCACCGCAGCAGUUGUCUGCACGCAGGGAGUCUCCGCGGAGGCUGGGCGGAGGCCGCGUCACGGAGUUUCGGUCGAAGGGUCGAGGGGGCCUGAAGUCGACAGCCUGAACUACACAACGAACGAAUGUGGUUUGUGUCUCUCCCAGCGGCUACCGCUGCGCUGAAACAUACUCUGAAAUAUUGAAACAACUCACAUUUAAGCAAUGCAAAAACGGUAUACACUCGACCCCCCCCCAUAUUAAACAUGGUGGUGCAUGGGGUUAGUACACUGCGCCAUGAACCCUGUGACCCCGAGUUUGAAUCCUGAAUGUGGCCAACAUCAGUGUCUGAACCGGGCACGGUCGCUCAUCACCAACCCCCAUGGUCAACAGGGCGUGGUGACAGAGGCCUCCAUCCAGCAGUGGAGUGAGAAAGAGCUACAAAGGAGAAGCAAGGCUCAAUGGGAGCGCGCAAGCGACGUCAUCACAUGUACCCCUCUAUUUAAGGGACGAAACAGGAGGAUUUCUCCACAACUCUGGCUGUCGCCUGAUGAAGCUGGUUGUAAUUACUGGCGAAACGUCGAACUCAGAUUUGUAAAUGUUGUGACUUUGUGCUCUGCAACACACCGGUGUGGCUGUACUUGUAACGAAUGUUCACGUUCUGUUUACGUGACAAACCUUACUAAUUGGCUGUGUCGGGUGGUGGCGGGUUUAACGACACAUUUAUAUACUUACGCAAUGAUAUUGGUCGCGAAAGCCUGCGUGUUAAACUCAACGGAAAAGCACAAGCAAUGGACCAAACCGAGAAAAAUGCCCAGACGUUUCUGUUCUCGGCAAGGUCAAUGAGCUUCUCACGAAGUCCUUUGAAACAACAGCCAUAGCCACGCGAUUGCCUUGCUGUGUGUGACGCCGUUUACGAUCUUCGCGAACUUGCGAUCAUCAGGCAGCUUCCGUUGCUCAGUCACGGAGCCAAUUUCAAAUUCUUAGGUUUUCUCGGUAAAGUCACGUAGGUAAAAAAUUAAAAUUUAAAUUCAUAAAAGUAAAAUAAAAUUAAAAUAAAAUUAAAAUCACAGGCAAGCAAGUGAUAGAAUCACGUCCUUGCCUGUGAUUUUUAUUUUAUUGCCUGUGAUUUUUAUUUUAUUUUUAUUUUACUUGUAUGAAUUUAAUUUUUUUUACCUACGUGACUUUACCGAAAAAACCUAAGAAUAUGAAUCCUUGCAGUCACGAAAGCUUCAAAUCUAGAACCAAUUUCAAAUGUGAAGCCCAGAACCGCCAACCAUCCUUGCCGAGCCACAGCUCUCCGAUGCGUCGCUUGGCCUGCACCGCGUGCCGAUCGGCAUCACCCUCUCGACGUUUUGCUCCACACGCCGGGAGCUUCCUAAUUUUUUACUUCCACCAAUGAAACUCGCAGCACGUAGUGGGGCGAAACGUCGGACAUUGUCCAAAACAACACGCGGCGUAGCCCAAUGGCUAUUUGAGAGUCAACUCUUAAGAACCUACACGGGGGGUGGUGGGUCAGCUUAACCGCGUGUGCUAUCCGAGCGAGCUGCAACUGCAGCGCCCUCCACUGUUGGUGCUCACGCAAUGACAAAGGAUGCUCAGGAGAGAAGUCUCAUCCGUCGUGAAGCAUGGGUCGGCACUGGGUUGGCUAUGAAUGACUACGCAAGGCUGUGGCUAUGAAUGACUACGCAAGGCUGUGGCUAGAGACACGAGUUCCCCAUAUGGUGCGCGUAUGUACGUUGAACUUAUUUCGCAGCGCACGCAGCCAACCGUGCGAAUCGGAGGUGCGGGAGAGGGAUGUGCUGGGUGUGAUGACGGCAUCGAGAUGACAUUAGGGAAUGCAAAUGCGCCAGCAACACGCCAGCGUUUCUGUCCUGUACAACCAGAACUGGAUUUAUGUCCGAAGUCGAAUGGAUGCCGAUCAAUGUAUUGCUUGAUGUGGGGCUUCGAGAGGAAAAAAAAACUCCAGUCCGCAAACUCCACCACGGUCCACAUCUACACUUUUGCCGAACUGCUCCAUUGAAGCGAACAUUGUGGUUCGGCGCCGCAUGCACGAGACGAUCGGUAAAAUUGAAAAACAGGACCAGAGUGGAGCACGACGAGUGGAAUAUCAAGAACUCUAUCCCGGUAAACAAGCCAACGUCGGGCCAACGUUAGCCCAACGUUCCACGUUCACCGGGGUGAGCCUAACACGAAAGAUCGUUGAUUACGACUGUCAGGUUGAAUACCUGCCGCGCCACGCACGCGGUCUCUGCGGAGGAGACGAUCAUUCAAAUGGACCAACCACACGAAGCUUCGAGUGACAACAAUGAGCUUCACGUCGCCACACACCCCUCCGACUGGAGAGAGAGAGACGACAUUGUAAAUAUUGUAUUUAUUCGAAGGUACCUAUAAUGAUACUCUCCCACCUAAAGAUGUUUGAAUGUUGACACUUUAAACACUUGUAGCCGUGUUCUGUACCGCUUGCCGGUCUGCGUGUUGUGUGGUUGGAUGUCCACCCCCUUGUAUAAAGUGGUACCCUCCCCAAGUUGAAUAGUAUGUACGCCUGGGCUUAAUUUCUCCCGAUUCUCUCCGGAGAAUAUUUCAGGACAAGGCACACGACGUUUCAGUAUAUGUAGCUCCUCUCGCCGCCAAUAGCUGUGGCUGCUAUUGUCACGUGACUACCGGUCUCUGACCAGCUUACCCUGAACAUAUUUAGUGAGAAAUUAAGCCCCGAUUUCCCCCUGUUUAAAUGUACAUCUAUAGUUGUGGUGGAUGCUGUGGUGUGGGAUAUUUAUUUUGGGAUGUUCCAUUUUGGGGGAAACGGGGGGGGGGGGGGGGACGGGGGGGCUUGUUUUGUGAGUUGGGUUGCACCAACUGUUUUACAAAUACAACCUUUUGUUUUGUAGGAAGUGUGUGAUGUGAAAUCAUGUGAUUUGCUCAUUAAAGACAGACAUAGUUACAUUGAAGACAGACAUAGUUACAACCCCUUUUUCAAACAAGGACAUUUAGGAUUUACUGCGUAUGUUAAACUACCUUCUGACGACGAAACAUUUACCGCUUUUAUAUACUCUGUCAACAUUUUUACGUAUAUAGAUAAUAGGUCUCCAAACAAUCUGCAAAUGUAUUUUUAACCGUUUGUUACAUUGGUGCAACUAAGUGACCUACACUGCAAUGUGUUUUUAUAAGAUGCCUUUCGCAAUGUUGAUGACACCUGCAUCCUGGCUUACCGCAAAAACAAACCCAUCACGUUCAACGUAAUUAUAAUCAUCUCACAACACUUGCGUUUAAUUACUCAAUCGCCUCCCUACUGUGAAACACUUGGCAGGGCCCUCUUGAAACGAGUCACUAGACUCGGUCAGAUUAUCCUGGGUAAAUAAUACUACUUAUUAUUUAUAAUGAAAGUAAAGGUCUCAAAGCGCAGUCUAGGGACCUUCUAAUGGGAGCUGUCCCUGGGUGAAACCGGCCUACAAGUGGUCAUUGUAUACCCUCAUUUUACCGUCUCGGCUAACUGGCACCAAGAUGAUUGCGUCGGCGUAGCAUUGUGCAGGAAAUGACGGAACAUGGACAAUAUUUAUCUAAAUUAAACACGCUUAAAAUGUGCGGCAUGUAAUGGGUUUGCCAUGCUCGAUGAAAUGUCACGAUUCCAGGUUACGAUUAAAUUCUAGAAUCAAAUUGUUCGUCUCAUUAUUUAAAUGCGUUUUCAAUGCUCGGUCUUGUUUGUUCCUUUGGACUCAAGGUAACAUUUGUGUACGAUUCGAAUUGUCGUAUAGCUAACCAUUCUUACACAAACGAUGCGAUGACGCUUGUCUCGAAUCAAUGUGUAAACUUGGUGUUGGAUCCGUUGUGACAGUGCAAGGCGAUAACGAUGGCAGUGCGUUUCCCAGACGAGUCACUGUACCGUCUCGUCUGGGUAGGAGCGAGUUCAUUAUUACGAAGUACGACCCGCGGGUCUUCUUACGCAGAAAGUAUUUUCACAUUUCCCAGGAAACGAUUAAAUCAGCAAAGGCAAGCUGCCUGAGCACGACCCCAGCGGCUGAUCCUACAGCAAACGUUCAGGGUAAAUCUAAAGAAAGGUUGUUUUUUUGUUACAAUGAAUACCGAUUAGAGUUACAAUGGUGAGCAUGCGUGCGCGUCUCUGCGUCGCGCGUGGCCUCUGUUUCGUGGGGAGGGGAGGAUGAUGGCGUCUCCUGCGGUCAGUCCGGUUUCACAACCGCGAAGAAUGUUUGUCGGUGUCGAGAGUUGUUCUCAACCUUGCCGAGCAACACGGUCCGUGGGCCAGAGUGACCACCGAAGGUAGAACAAAAAAACUGUUGCGGUAACAUCUUCUUGGUUCUUUCGGUAAGUUCACG